AUGACAACAGUUUUGAGCAGAGACAAGGGUGGCAAGAGCGAGUACGGGUCGACAUCGUCCCUCGGCGGCAGCGCACCCCUCGGCGUCCCACGUAAAUACAGGCGCUUCUUUUGGCAGAAGAAGGCGCCCCACGACCCCGAUGCCAUAGCCACCCAGGUGAGCGUCUUUGACGACCAGGAGACUGCCGAAAAGUAUCAUCCUAGGCAGGAUUGGGAAAACUACCACCGGUUCGAUACGCAGUUCAGGUGGACAUGGAGGGAGGAAGACCGCGUCAUUCGCAAGAUGGACAUUCGCAUCAUGUUUUGGGCCUGCAUCAUGUUCAUGUCCCUCGAGCUCGACCGCGCAAACCUCGUCCAGGCGCUGACGGACAACUUUCUGCCGGACCUGCACAUGACGACCAAUGACUACAACCUCGGAAACUCCGUCUUCCGCCUCAGCUUCCUCUGCGCCGAGCUCCCCUCCCAGCUCAUCUCAAAGUGGAUGGGCCCGGACCGCUGGAUCCCGACGCAGAUGACCCUGUGGAGCAUCGUGGCGGCUUCCCAGUUUUGGCUGAGCGGGAGGUCGUCCUUCCUGGCCUGCCGUGCGCUCCUGGGUAUUCUGCAGGGAGGCUUCAUCCCCGAUGGUCUCAUGACACUCAUGAUUGGUCUCUUCUCAUUCGUCCUCAUGCCCGCCGGUCCUUGCCAGACUGCACACUGGUUCAGGGGCAAGAAAGGCUGGUUCAACGAGAGAGAGGAAAAGAUCAUGGUCAACCGGGUCCUGCGCGAGGACCCCAACAAGAGCUCGAUGCACAAUCGUGAGCCCAUCACGCCGAAGCUGCUGUGGCAGAGCAUGAAAGACUACGACCUGUGGCCCAUAUACAUACUCGGCCUCGCCUUCCAACUGCCCAUGAUCCCGCCGCAGUAUUACAUCACGCUCUCUCUGAAGAACCUGGGGGGGAAUGGCGCAAACCUGGGCUUUGACACGUUCCAAACCAACCUUCUCACCAUCCCAUACUAUGUCGGACACAUCAUCACCAUGCUCGGGGUAACAUACAUCGCCGAGAUCUGGGGCAACCUGACCUUCAGCGCCAUGAUCGGCCAGCUAUGGGCGCUCCCUCUGCUCGCAUACAUGGCCGUGACGAACCUGGGCGCCGUCAACAAGUGGGUCGUGUGGACGGUGACGACGCUCCUCCUCAGCUAUCCAAACGCCCACCCCAUCCAGGUCGGCUGGAACUCGCGCAACUCCAACUCGGUCCGCCUCCGCACCGUCUCGGCCGCCUGCUACAACAUGUUUGUGCAGGCCGGCGCCGUCGUGGGCGCCAACAUCUACCGCGCCGACGACGCGCCCAACUACCCGCGCGGCAACCGCGCGCUGCUGGGCAUGGUCUGCAUGAACGUCGCCCUGUACCUGCUCGUAAAGACGUACUAUGUGCUGCGCAACAGGAGCAGGGCCCAGAGGUGGGACGCCAUGACGCCCGACCAGAGGCUCCACUACCUGGCCACGACCAAGGACGAAGGGAACAAGAGGAUGGAUUUCCGCUUCCAGCACUGA